AUUUCUUUUAGUCACAAACUUUAAACGUAUCUCGCGCUGCUCAGCUGUACAGUGUUGAAGCUAAUCUCGGUAUUCACGACACUUAAACGCGUCGCACUUCAAAACGUUUGCUUUAUUACCGUGUGUCGGAUCGGUUUUAAGACCCUAAAGGCUUUCUUACAAAACUCUUUCUUAAGAGCAUCAUGGGAGACGACAGUGAGUGGAUGAAGCUUCCUACAGACCAGAAAUGUGAACAUAAGGUGUGGAAAGCGAGGUUAAGCGGCUACACAGAGGCUCUGCAACAGUUUCAGAGGAUUACAGAUGAGAAGAGUUCCGAAUGGAGCAAAUACCAAGCACUGAUCAAGAAAUUUGUGACCGACUCGAACGCAGUGGCACAACUUAAAGGACUCGAAGCAGCUCUAGCUUAUGUUGAAAAUGCACAUGUAGCAUCUAGGACUGUCGGUGAGGUUGUGUCUGGUGUUGUCUGUAAAGUCUUUAAUCAGCCUAAAGCACGAGCUAAAGAGCUCGGCUCAGACAUUUGCCUGAUGUAUGUCGAGAUCGAGAAAGGAGACGCGGUUCAGGAAGAACUUCUCAAAGGCCUCGAUAACAAAAACCCAAAAAUCGCACUCGCCUGUGUGGAAGUGUUGAGACGAGGAGUGAGUGAAUUUGGAGCAAAGAUAAUCAACCUGAAGCCAGUUGUGAAGGUGCUGCCCAAGCUCUUUGAAUCCAGAGAGAAAGCGAUUCGGGACGAGGCCAAACUGCUCGCUGUUGAGGUGUACAGGUGGAUUCGAGACGCUCUGCGUCCUCCGCUUCAGAACAUUAACUCUGUUCUGCUGAAAGAGCUGGAGGAGGAGUGGGCGAAGGCAUCGGCACCUCGACAGAGUCGGUUCCUGCGGUCGCAGCAGGAUCUUCGAGCCAAGUUUGAGCAGCAGAGCGACGGAGACAAGGAAGGAGACGGUGACAUAGAGGAAGCAGCUCCUGUUGUCGACACCUACGAGCUCCUGGAGGCAGUGGAAAUCCUCUCAAAAUUACCCAAAGACUUCUAUGCGAAGAUUGAGGCAAAGAAAUGGCAGGAGAGGAAGGAGGCUUUGGAUGCUCUAGAAACUUUGACCAAAAACCCCAAACUGGAGAGCGGGGAAUAUGGAGAUGUGGUCAAAGCUCUCAACAAGGUCAUCGGGAAGGACACAAACGUCAUGUUGGUGAUGCUCGCUGCUAAAUGUGUCGCCGGACUCUCCACUGGCCUCCGGAAGAAAUUUGGCCCCUAUGCUGGUCAUUUGGUGCCAACCAUUCUGGAGAAGUUUAAGGAGAAGAAAGCUCAGGUGGUUCAGGCACUGCAAGAAGCAUUAGAUGCAGUAUAUCUUUCUACGACGCUUGAAAAAGUGAGCGAGGAUGUUUUGGCUGUAAUGGACAACAAAAACCCAUCAAUCAAGCAGCAGGCUUCGUUGUUCCUCGCCCGAAGUUUUCGCCAUUGCGCUCCCACCGCGCUACCCAAAAACCUCCUCAAACCGUUCUGUGUUGCGUUGCUGAAGCAAGUGAACGAUUCUUCUCCUGAGGUUCGUGAUGCAGCCUUCGAGGCUUUGGGCAUGGUACUCAAGGUGGUAGGUGAGAGGGCAGUUAACCCUUUCCUGGCUGACGUGGAUAAAAUCAAAGUUGACAAGAUUAAGGAGUGUGCUGAGAAAGUGGAAAUGCCUGGAGGAAAGAAAGCUGGAGGGCAGAUGAAGGAGCAAAGUGCUCCAAAAGCCCAGCCAUCAGCAGCUCCAGCUAAAGCAUCUGCUCCUGCUAAGAAGACGCCUGCAGCCAGUGCUGCUAAGACGUCUGCUCCCAACAAAAAGGCUAAACCAUCCGCACCUAAAGGAACAGCUGCUCCUCUUAAAGCUAAGAAACCUGAGAGCAAGGAUGUGCCUGAAGCUGAGCUCUCACUUGAGGUGUGUGAGGAGAAAGCCUCUAGAGUUCUCCCAGCAUCCUGUAUGCAGAUGCUGGACAGUGCAAACUGGAAGGAGAGGGUAGCGGCCAUGGAGGAAUUUCUUAAGGCCAUAGAGCUCAUGGACAGUGAAGAGAUGCCCUGUCAGGCUCUCGUCCGGAUGCUGGCCAAGAAACCUGGCUGGAAAGAAACGAACUUCCAGGUGAUGCAGCUGAAGCUGCAGGUUGUUUCUGCUGUGGCUCAGAGAGGCGCGUUUUUCUCCAGAACAUCAUCGCUGGCUGUGCUGGAAUCUGUGGUGGAAAAAGCUGGAGAUGUGAAGUGUGGUGUGAGAGCUAGAGAGGCUCUGACCUCCAUUGCUGAAGCCUGCACUCUUCCAUGGACUGCAGAACAGGUUGUCUCCAUGGCCUUUGGUCAGAAGAAUCCUAAAAACCAAGCUGAAGCUCUGAACUGGCUUUCUGCUGCUAUAAAAGACUUUGGGUUUGCAGGCAUAAAUGUAAAGGCCUUUAUUAAUAAUGUGAAGACUGCAUUGGCUGCGACCAAUCCAGCUGUGAGAACUGCUGCCAUUUCUCUCCUGGCUGUGAUGUACCUGUACAUGGGGGCUCCUCUGCGUCUGUUUUUCGAGGAUGAGAAAGCUGCACUGCUUUCACAGAUUGAUGCAGAGUUUGAGAAGAUGAAGGGCCAAACUCCUCCUGCUCCUACGAGAGGAUUGUCAAAAACAAACGGGGUGGAAGGUGAGGAGGAAGGUGUUAAAGAGGAAGAACAUGACGGAGGCACAGAUGUUGUUGAUCUUCUGCCUCGAACUGACAUCAGCGACAAAAUCACCUCCGACAUGGUGUCAAAAAUCAGUGACAAGAACUGGAAGAUGAGGAAAGAAGGACUGGAGGAAGUCACCGCUGUGAUUUCGGAGGCUAAAUUUAUCAAACCGAACAUCGGGGAACUUCCUGUGGCAUUUAAGGCUCGCCUUACAGACUCCAAUAAAAUCCUGGUCCAGCAAACUCUCUCCAUCCUACAACAGAUGGCCACAGCAAUGGGUCCUGCCUUGAAACAGCAUGUAAAAGGCCUCGGCUUCUCCAUCAUCACUGUACUCACUGACAGCAAGAAUGCUGUGCGUGCAGCAGGUUUGGCUACGCUGAAUGCAUGGGUAGAGCAAACCGGAAUGAAGGAGUGGCUGGAGGGGGAAGACAUGGCUGAGGAGCUGAAGAAGGAAAAUCCAUUCCUCAGACAAGAGCUAUUAGGAUGGCUGGCUGAAAAAUUGCCCGCCUUGCGCUCCGUUCCCUCGGAUUUUGUUCUGUGCGUUCCUCAUCUCUACUCCUGCUUGGAAGAUCGUAACGCAGACGUGAGGAAAAAAGCCCAAGAUGCACUUCCUGUGUUCAUGAUGCACUUGGGUUAUGACAAGAUGAACAAAGCUGCUGCUAAGCUCAAGCCGGCAUCUAAAGACCAGCUUUUUGGCUUGUUGGAAAAAGCUCGAUCUGCCAUGCCUGCCAAACCUGUAGCACCAAGUAAAGCACCACCUGCUGCUACCAGCAAUGUGAAACCUGCUGCAGCUCCUCCAGUUCCAGACAAAACCGUUCCAGUGAGUGAACCUCCACCAGCAGAACCCAAAAAGACCAAACCAGCAGCUGCAGCAAAAACUAAAACUGUCGUGAAGAAAUCGUCUGGCAAAGUUGAGGAGGACCGAAACGGUCCCAUCUUCAUCCUUGUUCCCAACGGGAAAGAGCAACGGAUCAAGGAAGAGAAAAAUCAAAAGGUGUUAAAGUGGAACUUUUUAACCCCGCGUGAGGAGUUUGUUGAUCAGCUGAAGAAUCAGAUGGGUUCAUGUGUAGCUAAAUGGCUGAUGGAAGACCUCUUUCAUGCGGAUUUCCAGAAACACAUUAAGGCAAUCGGCACCAUGAUGGAGCACCUAGAGGCUGAGAGUGAGGCCACAGUCAGCUGUCUGGAUCUGAUCCUGAAGUGGUUCACGCUGCGCUUCUUCGAUACAAACACUAGCGUGCUGAUGAAGGCUCUGGAGUACCUCAAGCUCCUCUUUGUCACCCUCAGUAACCAGGACUACCAUCUCACCGAGCACGAAGCUACGUUGUUCAUACCGUACUUCAUCCUUAAGACGGGCGAGCCCAAGGACGUGGUGCGUAAAGACGUGCGCAACAUCUUUAGCCUUCUGCGCAAAGUUUACCCAGCUAGCAGAGUCUUCCCUUUCCUCAUGGAUGGCACCAAGUCUAAAAACUCCAAACAGAGAGCUGAGUGUCUGGAGGAGCUUUGCUGUCUUGUUGGACUGUGUGGAAUGUCCGUUUUCCAGCAGACGGCGGCGAAAUCUCUGCGUGAAAUUGCUGUUCACAUCGGCGAUCGAGACACGUCUGUCCGUAACGCUGCUCUGAAUACGGUUGUGGCCGCUUAUAAUGUCUGCGGCGAGCAAGUGUACAAACUCAUCGGCCAGUUGUCAGAAAAAGACAUGAGCAUGCUGGAAGAGAGAAUCAAGCGCUCUGCUAAGAAGCCCUCAGCCCCCACUGUUACUGUUAAUAAACUUCAGCCAGAGGAGAAAACUUCUGGGACGGCUAACGCUAGCCUGCUACGCAAACCAAACUCUGAAGCAGCAGCACCAUCUAAGCUGAGUGAGCUCCGACGUCAGAAUGCAGCGGUUCAGCAGCAGAGCCCCGCCAUACCACGCCAGUUUCAACUCGACCCCAAUUUCAUCGUGGAUCUGCCAGAAGAGCUCAUGCCUGACCUUCUGGUGGUGGAUACGACCGAAUUGUCACCUCUGGAAGUGCCGGAGUUUAAGUUCAAGUUGCAGUCUGUCUCCAGCAGGAUUGAAGAGUCUGCAGCCAGCAUUAGUCUGGUCAUUUCCCAGGUCGCUAGCUCUGAUGUGAAGACCAGCAUGCAGGGUCUGUCUAAGAUAAUGGAGAUUUUGCACAAGGAGAACGAAUGGAAGCUGAUGUCGGGUCACGUGGACGAGUUCAUCGUGGCGGCGCUGAUGCAGCUCGGCUUGCAGUCCAGCAGGUUCAUGGGGAGUGACGGAACCCACCACAUGGAGAAAGUCUACGCCUCUGUCAUCGGCUCUCUGAGCUCGCUGGUGUUGGCAGGCAGACUCAUUCAGGAAGCCUCUCCAGGUUUGCUAAAAAAUCUGAUUCAGGCUCUGCUCUCACUCACGCUGGACCCUCGGCAUCAGCAGAACUCCGGAGAAUCUCCAGAGCUCAUCCGCUCUAUUCACAUCCUGCUCUCGACGUUAUUCAAGAGUGCUGAUCCCACCAACACACUCGGUGCUUUGUUGAUGUUAUUACAGGAAGCCAGCAACUCGUCUGCAUGCCCUGAGUUUUCUGAAAUGGUCAUGAAGUGUCACUGGCGUAUGAUUAAGCUCCUCCCAGAGAAGAUGGAGUUUCUUUACCUGGACCGAAUUCUUCUAGACAUCCACAACUUCAUGAAGGCUUUUCCCAAAGAGCUGCUCAAACAGAAACCUAAUGAUAUGGCACACCGCACUGUCAAAACACUGCUCCAUACACUCUACAGACUCUCCGGUCCCAAGAUUAUGAAUCAUCUGAGUCUGAUUGAGAACAGCAGUGAGUCAGAAGUGGAAGCUCAUCUGAAGAGGGCAAUGAAGCACGCCGUCUCCUCACCGAAUCAAGCGAGCAAAGAAACCGUUAGUAAACUGAAGGUCCAGGCAUCUGCAGAUACUCAGACUGUCACCAAACUGGCAGCAGCAUCGGGCAGCAGCGCUGAAUCUCUAGAUGUCACUCAGUAUCAGGAGAAACUACGAGCUCUGAAACAGAUCUUUGGUCUUCAAGGCAACACGAAGGUGAACAAGGACCAGUCAAGCCUCCCUGCAGUAAGCUCUAAACCGGCCGCAGCCUCCUCCAUGGACAUGCUGCUCUCUCAGCUGUCUAAAUUGCGCGAGUCUCGGGAACAGCAGGGCAGCGAAAACGUCAAGCCUCGCAGUCCUCCUAGAGACAUCAACGAAUUCAAAGCAAGGCUGGAGAAGCUUAAAGCCAGCAUGCACUGAUACUCACACAUGUUUUGUCUUACACAUGUCCCUGUAUUUACUUAUUCGUGUUUUUACCUGUACAUGUUUGUAAUUGUUUGUCUCUUAGCUCCUGUCUCUAAAUGUUGACUUUUAUAUUUGCUCUAAAUAAAUGGAU